CUAAACACGCACAGUUCGCUCGCAGAUGCCGCUGAGGUUUCAACGAGGUCUGAUUACUGCUCAAGUCAGACUGUGGCUGGUGACGGGUGGGCGGUUUCUCCCCCACGCUCGGAACUUUUACCCUUCUUCCCUCCAGUGUCAGGGGGUUUUAUUAAGUGACAUCGGAUUAUGAAAAACAUGACUUUUCGACGUGUAAAGAAGCUGAACUCAGACGGACCGGACAGCGGCUCUCUGUGUCAGGGCAGUGGGGAUAUCUACUUUUCUUCCUCUAAAUCGGACAGUUUGGGGACUGCGGAUAGUGGACCCUCAAACACCGGUGACGUUUAUAACUACAAGACCCUGGCUUACUCCGGAGGGACCCUGCCGAGGAACUUUAAAAAGAAUGGAGGGCUACAGAAAUGGAAGCCCCUUGCGCAGUCACCAGAACCGCAACGGAAAACUGUGAUAUUGGAGAAGAACGAGGAUGAGGCUUUCGGCUUUGAAAUCCAGACGUACGGACUGCAUCACCAAAGCGAGAACUCGGUCGAGAUGUGCACCUUUGUUUGCAGAGUCCACGAAAAAAGCCCUGCCCAGCUUGCGGGCAUUAAAGUUGGAGACACCAUUGCCAGCGUGAACGACAACUCUGUGGAAGGGUUUCGGCACAAAGAGAUUGUUCAACUCAUUAAAUCAUCUGGCAACAACAUUAGGUUGGAAACCGUGUAUAGUGACUCUAUAAGAAAAGCAGAAUUGGAAGCCCGACUACAGUAUUUAAAGCAAACCCUUCACGAGAAAUGGGAUGAGUACAGAUCUCUGAUGGUGCAGGAACAGAGACUCGUACAUGGCAUCGUCAUGAGUGACGUGGCAAUAUACGAGUCUCUGGAGUCAGCCGGGGUGUAUGGCAGCCUGGGUGCUCCGAGUCCAGCAGCCUUGCGUGCAAUUUGCGGGACGGACAGUGCGAGCAGCAGCAUCAGCGCUCUCAGUACCACCACGACGGAGGACGAUCCGUUCUACCAGACCUGCAUCUUCCAGGGGGACCGUACCAACGCAAGCAACGAUGAACUCGAUUCUAAUAGGGAGAAGGGACAGGGCGGACGUCAACGCCUGUUACGCCCCGCCAGCGAGCUUUUCGCAUCUGCAAAGACGACCCUGUCCCGCAGCGCCAGCACGAGAAGCUACCUGAGGACUCCGGCGGGGUCGGCGCCAUCCUCUGGGCCUAAUGGAGAGAAACAGCAGUGCGGAGGGUUCAGCGGACUGCAGCGCAAACCCAAACAAAAGAGCAUCAGGCGGAGAUUACUGAAAUAUAUCCCGGGUUUAAAACGACCUAUUGAGGAAGAGGAAAGCAAGCUUUGAGAAACGAACUGAGAUUUAUAGACUGGACCAAAGACGGUUUAAUACGGGCGAAACGUGUGCAAAAAAAACAUACGAAUGGAGACCAAAGAUAUACCAAAGAAAACAGUGACGACAGCCAUUUUGCAGUAUUAUUUAAGGGAUAGUUCACCCAAAAAUGCCUUCGCAAUCUGUAUAAAUUUCUCUGUUCAGAUGAAUGCAACGGAUGUUGUUUGGACGAAUGCUUGUAACCAAACUGUUCUUGGACACCAUUGACUGAAAGAAUAGGAAAAUUACUUGAUUAUUUUUUGUUGGUUCUGUUGAGCACAAAAGAUAUUUUGAAGAAUGUAGGAAAGCAAACCGUUCUGGGGCACCUUUGACUACCAUUGUCCUUUUCCCUACUAUGCUAGUCGAUGGUGGCCGUGAACUGUUUGGUUACAAGCAUUCUUCCAAAUUUCUUUCUUGGUGUUCAUCAGAACAACAACAUUAAUAUAGAUUUGGAACAACUGGCGAGUAAAUGACACAAAGUUUGGGUGAACUAUCCUUUUUUUUCUGAAUUUUCCCCCGAAGGAAUUUUAGGUCUUGGCUUGAAUUUUGCUUUGGCUAUUCGCUAUUUAUAAUUUGAAAUCAAGAGUGCCAAAUGUUUCCAAGCCCUUGCUUUGAAAAUCUCAAUACAAAACAUUGACAAAAUGGUUAUACACACAAUUGUAUGUUUGCUUGUAAUGCUGAGAAUAGUAUUACUGUUUGUUUCUGGAAUAUUGUUUAAAAUACUGCUACAAAUAAGAAAACCAACAGGUGUCUAGUACAGAGAGCGGAGAAAAUGGUCUACAAAUGUAUAAAAAAAGUCCCAGCAGACUCCGUUGUGAACAUCGUCAAACAACUUUAUUUCCCGGUGCACAUUCAGCACCGUUCUUAAAUCAAGAAGUUAAUGUUUGUAAAUACGUUAUGUCAAGUUUAAGUUAUUUAUUUAAUUUGUUUUUGAGGGGGGCUUGUUAUUCGAAGAAGUACAAAAUGAAGGAUUUUUUCAUUUGAUCAAUAAUAUUUGAGAUUGGUAAAUACUCCCGAAGGAUAUUUAAAUUCGCCCCUUUUAUUUGUGUAUGUGACUUUUUCUAUUUUUGGAAGUAAGGACUGAAAUUAAAAGAAUUGUAUUUUUGUC